AUCCUGGGCUCAAGGGCACCCAAGCUUUACUGAGCCAAUUGCAGUCGUAAACCAAACUGAUGCUGCUGCUAUAAUAGCCCUUACCCCGGCUGCUGCUGUUUGCUCACGUUUGCGACCGGGCGAGAGCUGGGAGCUGGAAAGCUCAUUUUGCCCGCAGCUCGCGUUCGUAGUAUCUGCAGGGCCGGAAGUAGGACAGUGGUGCUCAGACUAUCUUGAGGCCGUCGCGACCAAAACGGCGUUGAAGCUCGUUUGUGCGGCUGGAGGGUUUGCACUUUUCGACCUCGGUUGGCGCUUCGCCGCAAGGCUGAUCGGGAGCUCUGGCGCUGAAUGAGCACAUGACAUGGUAGCAAGUAAUUCACGCUCCCGGCCGUCAUGGCUCCGCUCGGUUCUCAGCUCAUGUUCAUGUGCCGGAAACACACACAACAGCCCGCCGAUCAGCGCGUUCCCUUCUUGGAAUGAUUUGUCCGUUCACGCCGCGUCCGGGCGUAUCAGCGAACUGGCAGCCGCGGGGCCCUCUUCCGGAGCGCACCUGCGCUCCCCGCCCUCACUCGGCAUGCCCCGCCGCGCGCCCUCGCGUCGCAGCACUAGUAACUCGGUCGUGCCCUCCGGCGCCGCGGCAUCGCUCGCGCUCGCCGCAGCAGACAGCGUCGCCAGCGCCAGCGGCCGCAGCAGCGGCGGCGGUGGCGGUGGCCCCGGCGCCGGCGCCGGCAUCGCCCUGGUCAUCGGUGGCGCCGCGUUGACCUCUGUCACGGGAAGCUCGCCGCUUUCAGCCGGCAGCGUCCGCCGGAUGCCGCCCGCCGCCGCGCGUGUCGCCAGCAUCGAUGCCGUGGGCGGCGGCUUCGACGCCUCCGGCGGCGUCAGCGCGAUGCGUCGCAGCCUCAUGCGGCGCAUUGGCACAGCCGCCGGAGGCGGCCGCGGCCACAGCCUCAGCAGCGCAAGGGCGCCAUUUGCAGGGAUGGGCGAGACGGACGAUGAGGGCGUCGCCGGCAGCGGCGUUACAAGCGGUGGGGCAGCUGGCCUUGGCGGCGUGGGAUCGGCGGGUACAAGCCAGCAGCCGCAGCUGCAGUCGGGGCAGGGCGCGGGGCCGCUGCUACGAACGGCGCAGUCGCCGGCGCUAGGCCGUGUCGGUGUGCCACAGGCAUAUACACAUGCAGACAGGUCUGUGCCCCAGCACCCCUCCUCUCGAAUCACGGGCUCGACUUUCCCCUCCGCACCCGCUGCCACCGUCAGCAGCGUCGCAGCAGCGCCCGGUGGAGCAUCCGCCUCCCCUGCCGCGGCGGUGGAUGCCGCCGCCUUACCAGACGCCGCUGAUGCCGGUGGCGAUGUGGUCAUGGCAAUGGACGCGGCCUCAGCAUUCGGCGGCAUCUCCGCCGCCGCCGCUGCCGUCAGCCCAGCCGCCGUCGCCGCCACCGCCGGCGAGGAGGGUCUCAACGCUGACUUUGACGUCGCCUUUGCCCGCGGCGGCGCCUCCGCUGCUUUUCCUUCCGUCGGCAUGCCGUCUGGGCCGUCGCACCCGUCGGCGGCGGCGGUGGCGGUCACGGUGCACUCGGUGGCGGCGACGGGGCGCGGGAACGCCAGCGCCACCUCCAGCGGGUUGCAGGCCGAGGGCCUGUGGCGGCGCGGCAGCCGCGUGCGCCGCCGCGCCGGCGCAAUGCUCCGCGGCCUGCCCGGCUUUGUCUUCGGCGGCGGUAGCGGUAGCAGCUUUGGCGGCGGCGGAGGCGGCGGCGGCACGCCUGCGGGCUCGUGCACAGGCAGCAUCAUUCGCACCGGCGGGGCCUCUCCUGUGUACAGCAGCCGCAGCGGCGCCAGCCGCAGCAGCCGCGGCCGGCACGGGCGGCGGCUGCUGGAGGCGUUGCUGAUGGACGCCAGUGGCGGCGGCGGCGGCGGCGGCGGCUCCCCCGCCAGGGCCGGUGGCGAGCCGCUCCUCGGCGGCGGCUACGUGAGCAGCAGCGGGCCCGUCAGUGAGUCCGUCGGCGACGGCAGCAGCUUGUACGGCGGCGGCGGCGCCGCCACCGCCGCCGCCGCCGCAUGGCCCGACGCGGCUGGCGGCGGCGGCGUCGGCCUGCGGCUGUGGACGCUGGCGUCGCCGCUGGCGCCGCGCGCCAGGCAGAUGGCGGCGGCGGCGGCGGCGGUGGUGGCGGCGUGGGAGGCGGCGAGCCCCCGCAUGACGCAGUACACAGGGGAGGGCCCCUUCACGCCCCGCGCGCUGACGACUGCGCCCAGCAUUGACGUCAACGCCGGCUCCUUCGCCAGCACCUCCGUCGUCGACUGGUCCCGCCCCGACAGCAGUGUGCUGCCCGACCGCGUCCGCACCGCCGUCGGCGGCUCUACUGGCGGCGGCGGCGGCGGCGCCGUCAGCCGCACCACAGCGGCGUCGUCGGCGCGCACGCUCGGCGGCGGCGGGCUCAGUAGCGCCGGUGGCGCCGCCAGCAGCCUUGGCGGUCAGGCGGGGUCGUUCUAUGGGGCGAUGCCGCCGGCACCGCCGCAGCCGGCAUCGUUGCCCGCCGUGCACGAGCGCGUUGCGUCUCCGCUGGUGGGGGCUGCGGCGGCCGUGAUGGCGGCGCCGCCCACGCGCAGCGUUAGCUCUCUGGGCGCACGGGUGCCAAUGCGCGCGCGUGCGGCUGCCUCGUACGGUGGCGGCGCCGCCGCCGGCUUCGGCGGCUACGGUGCGCCGCCGCCGGCGACACAGUCCGAGCACUGCGCCGACUCGCCGGUUCCGUCGCUGUGCCACUCCGGCGCCUCGUCCAGCAGCAUCACGAGCAGCGCCCUUGACCCGCUGCAGCAACAGCAACAGCAGCAGUCGCAGCAGGCUAUGGCAGCAGCGGUGGCUCCGGCGGCGGCGCCGGCGCCGGCGCCGGCAGCGGCGCCUGCCGCCGCCGUGUCCGCUUGGAGCAUGCUGCUGCGGCGCGGCAUGCGGCCCUGGAGCGGCAGUCGGUUGCGCGUGUCGCGUUUUGGGCGAGAGCCGCUCCCUUCCGCUGCUGGACCGCAGCAGGGCAGCGGCGCCGUUGCGGAGGCGUCAGAAGGCGCCGCGGCAUCGCCGUCCGCUACUGGGUCGUCUGCGUCGGUCAGCGCCCGCUCGGGUUCGUUCGGUGAGCGCCGCCGUUCCCCGUGAUUCGUGGCUGAGCAUAGGUACGCUAAAGCGGCAGUGCGGCACAUCUGGUGCCGGCGCUUAUCGGAAGUGAACCCUGCAGGAUGUGUUUGCCUAGUACGGCGAGAAACGUCAUGAAUGAAUGCGCUUGAGCGCGCGGUGUGGUUCAUGGCGGUGGUUGCGCGUUAGGUUUGCCAAGGGCACCUUGCAGUGAAGGGCAGUCGCAAGCUGCAUCCCCCAAAUCUGCACAGUUGCGUACCUAGCCCUUGCUUAUUGCCUGGGCGUGAUGCGAUUGUUGUCAAUGUACAAUAAGUUGAUGAAGCGGUUGACGACCAUUGAUAUUAUCACAGUUACAUAGAGAGUACUAGAGAUCAACGGCAUCACUGCACUUGACGUCACUCAUCCGCCGCUGUCGGCAUCCCCAAUCAUGCGCGCUUGUUCGGGCGCAGCCCUGCAUCCCGCAUCCCGCACCAUGCCACUCUGGAUCCAUUUCGUUCUCACUUGACGGCCAACCACCCAGCCCACACGGCUCCAGGCCUCGCCUAGAUAAUCGGUUGCAUCUCGCCCCCACACACAUGCAUGCUGCAGCCCGCACCUGCCUGUGCGGGUGCUUGACUGCAGAAUGAAGCCGCAUCCCGCCAAAACCUCUUUUCGCACCGGAGGCUCAUGAAUGUUAUUACGUGGUGCUUAGAACUGGAAAAGUGGAAUCCCCCCUGGGGGGGUGCUUUGCAUGGGCUUUGCGGCUGGACUAGCGCCACACUGCUUGCAAGGGGAUGCCUGUUGCACUAUUCCCGAUGAAGGGAGGUACUGAGAACUACCGGGUUUGGCGUUCAGAGCCAGUUUACAGAGCAGAGGGUUCGUUGGCGAUAUUAGGUUCGUCCGUAUCAGAUGCCAGUUGAGUCAGAGCAUAUACAGAAUCGCGGAGUGGUUGACACUCAAUGGUAUUUGUCAGACAAUGUAACCCCAGCGCAGUAGAGGCACAGACAGAAGCCUCACUAGCAACUCAGAUAGCUGCACACAGCACCAGAGCCAUGUCCCGGCCUGUCCCGGACGGUCACCAGGUGUAACGUCCCAGGGUCAGACAGUAACCCUGCUGGCACUCACCAGUCGUGCCACGAGACCCAGACGCCUCGCGUUGUUGACCCAGACGUGGCACAACAAUGCCAAGGGGCCCCAGAGACGGGAUUGCGUGGAAGGCAAUUCAUAGCUGCACAAUAAUGACAUACCAGCGUACGGUCGAAGUGUCGAACUGGUGAAGGGGGCUGCCUGAUUAUGCGCAACAUGCGUUGGUGAAUUGGGUCGUAUUGGGUUAGUGCUUGGGCACCUCAAACGGUUUGGGGGAGGGGCUGACCGCAGUCGCUGUCUUAAUCGUGCGUAUGUGCGUACGGCGGCGUAAAUUUGCACGGCGUCUUAUCAUGUGCGCAGUCCCCAGCGGUGAGCACGCAUGGUUUUUAUGCCCUGUUAUGCCCAAGUGCACAUGCAGCGGUGAUGCCACCCGUUGGACGUAGCACCGUAGACCGUGAUGGCUACUCAACGCUGUGCUUUUUGGACUGGUAUAUACGUUGAAGCCAGGGGUUGAGGAGGCUUGCGGGCCAGGCGAGUAGGAUGGAGCGCGUGGAAAGCAGUGUGUCACUUCUCCAACCCUGUCGUAGCAUGUAGACCCGUAGACGC